AUGUCGAAAGGCGCUUUCAAACGUUUAGUCGAAGUUGGUCGAGUAGUCUUUAUUAAUCAUGGCGAAUAUGAGGGAAAACUCGCUGUCAUUGUUGAUAUAAUCGAUCAUAAUAGGGUGAUUAAAUUUAGCAUUUUUCUUUGUAACAAUUAUCGACAGAAAACACAAGCGCUUAUCGACGGUCCAACCACUGGAGUACCUCGUCAUUCUCAUGCAUUCCGUCGUCUCACCCUUACUGAUCUUGUAGUCAAAGGAUUUCCCAGGGGUGGUAGAUCAGCCGUGGUGAAGAAAUACUUUGAAGCAGAGAAAAUCCUAGAAAAAUGGAAUAAAACAUCAUGGGCCAAAAAGUUGGAAAGUCGCAAGAAGAGAGCUGCCUUAACAGACUUUGAGAGAUUUCAAUUAUUGAAGCUAAAGAAACAACGUCGUUACAUUCUCAAGGCCGAAGAAGCAAAGCUCCGAGCAAAAUCAUGA